AUGUCGGCCGACGACGACUUUGACUUCUCCGACCAUGGCCUCGACGACCUGCCCGCGAACGCCAUCGCGCAGUUCGAGGCGGCCGCCAUCCGCGCGACGCAGCAGCCGCAGACGGCGCCGCGAUCCGACUACGGCCUCGACGACGACGACGAGGUCGUCAACCUCGACGACGAAGCCCCCGACGCCCCCGACGAAGCCCCCGACGCCUUCGACAAAGCCCCCGACGCCUUCGACAAAGCCCCCGACGUCUACGACGAAGCCCCCGACGAAGCCCCCGACGCCCCCGACGAGGGCGCCGCCGUAGACGAGAGCCGUCGCGUCGGACACACGUCGCCCGUCGCGCCGCCGCGCCCGUCGCAGGCAGACCCCGUCCGGCUGCGCUCGCGGAUCAAAAAGCUGGAGCAGGACCAGGCCCGCGAGAGGAGAGACGCCGACGACCUCAAGGCCCGGCUGCAGACCAAGGCCGGAGAAGCAGACACGCUCCGACGACGCCACCAUGCCGAGCUGCGCCGCCACGAGCGCCACCUGGCCGACCAGCAGCGGCUGCACGGCGACGAGCUCGCGAAGCUGCGCGCCGAGAUGGAGCAGCUGCGUCGCGACAAGGAACACGCCGCCACAAGCAACCUGUUCCACCAGCACGACGCGCGCGACGCUGCCAUGGCCCCGCGCACCAGGAAGCCCAUGGCGACCAGGGCGAAGCCCAGUGCCGCAGUCAGCCCGGCUGCGACACCCAAGAGGCUGCCGCGAGGCCCCCUGGCCGACGGCUUCGACCACGGCGACGUCGCCGCGGUGUCUCCGUCGAGGGCCCGCGAGCGGCCGAGAGCCGCGACGCCAGCUCUGGCGGCCAAGCGGAAGCGGAGCGCGGGCGACAACAGCCCGGUUCCUCUGCAGCUGAGCGCGCCGCGCUCCCAGCGCCGCGAGACGGACGCCGAGCUGGCCCACGGCGAGCCAAUGGACGCCGCGCUGCUGGACUACUUUCGGAGGGACGACGGGCGGUUCGAGCUGCUCCAUCGGCUCAUGGCCCACACAGCGCCAAACGGGAAAGACCGGGUGCUCGAGGCGCUCGCACAGCACGCGUUUCCGUCGGACCCCGCGAGGCGGCUGUCGUCGAUGGUCUACGAUGCCCUGGCUGCCAAGACGUUUGCAGACGCGCACGCUCUGGCGCUGGACAUGGCGCUCGCCGUCUGCCAGCUCUGGGCGCAGUGUCUGGCGGAGAAGCACUACGCGCCGGUCAAUGUCCUGCUCGAUGCGCUGCACUUUGUACUGGCCUGCUCGCGGUGCGAGACGGCCUGCGCGAUCAAAGCCCGCUUCGUCCCGCUGAUGGUGGACUCGAUCGACCUCGUCGCGAACCCGCUGUCGAGAGCCGCAAAGGCCGGCCGCGACGCCGUCAGCGCGCUCUACGCCUCGGGCCACGGCGACGUGACCGCGCACAUUGACGUCCUGGCCUGUCUCGACAUGCUGCACCUCAUCGCCACCAGCUGCGUGGGCCUCUCCGACACGGCCGCGGCCGAGCUGUGGGCGUCCAUCCCCUCGGACUUUGCCAUUAUGCUGCUCAACCCCGAGCAGCCCAUGGCGCAAAUCUCCCUCACCCUGCACAUCCUCGCCACCUCGGCGCUGCCCUCGUCCAUUGGGCCCAUCAGCCCGCAGCCCGGCAGCCAGGCCGCCGGCGAAGACGCCCUCAUCGGCCGACUGACCAACCUGCUCACCGAGACGCCGACGCUCGCCGCCGACGCCGCCGCCGACGCCGCCGCCACCCUCGCGCUGCGCCUGCAGGUCGUCGAGCUCCUGUCCACGCUCGCCGUCCCCGCGCACGGCGCCGCCCGUCUGGGCUCGAACCGCAUCUGCACGGGCCGGCUGCUGAAGCACCUCGACCGCGUGAUAGCCGGCCUCUACCAAGCGCCCCUCGCCCCCACGCAGGACGCGGCCGUGGCGUCCAUCAACGCGACCGUAUCGCUGGUGCACCACAUCGCCACGACCAACCCGGGGUUCGACGUCAAGAGCAAGCUCGUCCACACUUUGGGGGGCGUGCAUGCCUAUCUCGUCAGCCUCGCGCGCGUCGCGUUUAGCGAGGCUCUGGUGCUGGAGGCCGGUGUGGACGAGGGGACGGUCGACAUGGCGCAUGGGAUUCUGGACGGGGGGCUGAGUAUGGAGGAGGGCGAGGCGUUUGCCGGGGUCUUUGGGGUGGCGUAG